AUGUUUCAACGGAGUGUUGAGACCGAAAAAGCCGAGUUCAUCAGGUUGCACCAGGAAAUUGUGGCCCAGUCCCCAGCCGACAAGCGCGAUGAGCAAGACGAUCCCUACCUGCAAUUCAUGCACCUGUACGAGGAGGUGUCUGUGCUGCUCGAGAGCUGGAACGAGAAGCUAACUGCGUCCCCAACCCAGCAGCAACCGUGUGUCACCACCAACCAGCAGCCGAUCGUCGUACAGUCUCAGUCAUUCCGUGCUCCGCUGCCAACUUUCGAUGGGCGUUAUGAAGCAUGGCCACGCUUCAAGGCCAUGUUUCAGGAUCUGAUGCAGCGCUCAUCAGAUUCGGACGCGGUGAAGCUAUACCACUUGGAAAACUCUUUGAAGGGAGACGCCACCGGCGUUAUCGACUUGGAGACGUUACAGAAUAACAACUACCAGCGCGCAUGGGACAUCCUGGAGGAGAGGGUGCUGAAUAUGAAGAGGAUGGCUAAGAAGUCGUCUAAGGACCUCCGAAGCUUAAUUGAUGAAUGCACCCGCCACGUGGAGAACCUUGUCAAGCUUGGCCAACCGCUGCUGGGAAUGUCGGAGUUGCUCGUGACCCGCGAGUUAUGGGAAGCUUCCAUUGAUCAAACGGAGCUCCCGGAAUACGAGCAAACGAUCGAAUUCCUUAAACAACGAUGCGUCAUCCUGGAGAGAUGUGAGAAGAGUGCUCCCAUCGUAUCCCCGAAUCCCAAGCUAAACCAGAAGCCGCCUGGAUCCAAGCUCGUGCCUUCCAAGACCUCGCACGCAGCGGCAGUGACGUCGGAGUAUAUGUGUGAUUUCUGUUCCGGUCAACACCAGAACUACAAAUGUUCCAACUUCCUGAAGAUGUCUGUGGAUCAGCGACAAGCAAAGGUAAAGGAAGUAAAUCUUUGCUUCAACUGCCUAAGGAAGGGCCAUCGUGGUGCAGCGUGUUCCAGCGAUAAGUCGUGUUCAAAGUGCUCAAAGAAACACCACACGCUACUUCAUUUCGAACGUGAGAAGCCCGAAGUGAAACCCACUGAUGCGCCGAAGACUCCAGAAGGGAAGCCGGUACCUGUAGUGCAGCCGGUGAAUACAUCGUGUUCCAGCAGCAUUCCUCCACCGGGUAAGCAGGUAUUCCUGAUGACUGUAAUGGUCAACCUGACCGCCAAAAACGGUCAAGUUCAUCGUGUACGAGCCUUGUUGGACUCCGGAUCGCAGAUCAACGUCAUUUCCGAGUCUGUGGUUCAAAGACUGAAGCUCCGAAACAACCAGCGAAUGUUCCCGUCAUCGGCGUCGGAGGUAACAAGUCCAAGAUGCACCACAAGGUGGUGGUGCGAAUGA